CACAAUAUUUGCUCCGCCUCUCGUUCUCUCCCCUCUCUCUCUCUCUCUAGCCUCUCCAUUCCGUGUGGCGACCGAGCGAACCCUAGCCGAGAUUAGACUACCAUCCCCAAUCUACCGGAGGAGGACGAGGACGACGCCGACGAGAUGCUGAGGGUUGCGAGGAGGAGGCUCUCGUCUUCGCUCUCCUGGCGCCCCGUGGCGACCGUCGGAGCCAGGGGCCCGCUCGCUGGCGCCGGCGGCCCUGGGAGAGACGACGACGACGGUUCGGCCUACCAGCGGCGGUUCGCCAUCGAGUCCCCCUUCUUCACCGCCGCGAGAGGCUUUUCUUCGGCUGAAACACUUGUUCCACGGAACCAAGAUGCUGGGUUGGCUGAACUCCCAGCCACUGUUGCUGCACUGAAGAACCCCAACUCAAAAAUCCUUUAUGACCAGUACAACCAUGAAAGAUAUCCUCCUGGAGAUCCCAGCAAGCGUGCCUUUGCCUACUUUGUUCUGAGUGGUGGGAGAUUCGUAUAUGCAUCACUGCUGCGUCUCCUUGUCUUGAAGUUUGUCUUGAGCAUGUCAGCAAGUAAGGAUGUGCUUGCACUUGCUUCCCUUGAGGUUGAUCUAUCCAGCAUUGAACCCGGUAGCACAGUGACUGUCAAGUGGCGUGGAAAGCCAGUCUUCAUCAGGCGACGGACAGACGAUGACAUCAAGCUGGCCAACAGCGUGGAUGUUGCAUCCCUGCGCCACCCAGAGCAAGACGCUGAGCGUGUGAAGAACCCAGAGUGGCUGGUGGUUAUUGGUGUCUGCACUCAUCUUGGUUGCAUUCCCCUUCCCAACUCUGGAGACUUUGGUGGCUGGUUCUGCCCGUGCCAUGGCUCCCACUAUGACAUCUCUGGCAGAAUCCGCAAGGGCCCUGCCCCGUACAACCUUGAGGUGCCCACCUACAGUUUCUUGGAAGAUAACAAGAUGUUCAUAGGCUAAGAGCCUAAAACCAGUACCUACCGACAUAUAUUAUCCACAGGAGUGAAUUCCUGUUGCGUUGUUAUUUUGUUUUCAAUGUGGCUAGGAGUUUUUGUUUCAGGACUAUCGCAACGGUGAUCCACUGUUACCUACUGAAGUUCAUUUGCAGUGCGAAAUAAUUAUUUCUCCUAUGUUGCUACUGGAUUGCAAGUUGUUUUGUACUGAUUUUCUGAGACCCUAUCGGAAGGAUAUUGUAUACCUCUUCUGGUCCUUGCUCCCUAUAUAUUUGAUAAAUAAGCAAACAUACUAUUCUUCA